AAAAAUUCUGAUUUAUUUUCAUCAUUUAUUGCAUAAUUAUCCAGCAAAAACCUCAGUUUUUUGCAAAAAUGAUCCGAUUAUAUUCUAAUUAAGCAUAUCUAGUCCUUUUCAAAUCGCAAUUUCUCGUGUUUUUGUCAAAUUGUUUAUCAACUGCCCCCGACCACGUGAAAAUACCUAGUGUUUUAAUUUUCCGUUUCUUUGCUAUAUCUCUGAAUAUGACUAUUAUAGUCAAUCAGUAAGCAAAAUGCCACAAAACGAAUACGUAGAACGCCACCGUAAACUCUACGGCCGCCGACUUGACUAUGAAGAACGCAAACGCAAGAAAGAGGCCCGCGAGCCCCACAAACGGGCUCAAGUGGCCCGCAGUCUCAGAGGCAUCAAAGCCAAGAUCUUCAACAAGGAACGUCGCAAUGAAAAGAUACAAAUGAAAAAGAAAAUCAAAGCACAUGAGGAGAAGAAAACUAAACAGAAGACGGAGAAGGUGGCCGAGGGGGCUCUUCCAGCGUAUUUGCUCGAUCGUGACGUCCAAUCCCGAGCCAAGAUCCUCUCAAAUAUGAUCAAGCAAAAACGGAAAGAGAAAGCUGGGAAAUGGGACGUACCCAUACCCAAAGUACGCGCGCAAAGCGACGCCGAAGUACUCAAAGUUGUAAAAUCGGGGAAGUCGAAACGAAAAGCCUGGAAACGAAUGGUGACCAAAGUUACGUUUGUUGGGGAAGGGUUUACGAGAAAACCGCCGAAAUUUGAACGGUUUAUCAGACCCAUGGCACUUAGGUUUAAGAAAGCACAUGUCACACAUCCAGAAUUGAAGGCUACGUUUUAUUUACCCAUAAUUGGGGUUAAGAAGAACCCGAGUUCGGCGAUGUUUACGAGUCUUGGGGUUAUCACAAAAGGGACUGUAAUUGAAGUCAAUAUUUCAGAGUUGGGGUUAGUGACACAAGCGGGGAAGGUUGUUUGGGGGAAAUAUGCACAAGUCACGAAUAACCCAGAAAAUGAUGGCUGUAUCAAUGCUGUUCUUCUUGUCUGAUUUUUCUAUGUAAUAAAUGUUUGAACAAAAA